AUGGUAGUGGCUUUCUUGAUCCACACCGUGUGCCCGAUCGGGGCGCUGGCUCCCGGGGAGAGCAGGGUUCUCUACUCCCGUGUCUUCGGGCCGGACGAGACCCUUUUUCAGGACGGCUCCCUCCGGCGGCAGCUCAACGCCGAAGAGAGGCGCCUGUUGUCGGCUGAGAAGAUCGCGAUAGUGGCCAGGCAGGUCCAGAGCGCGGUGGGGCUUCGCCGAGAGGCGUCGGGCCGCCCUCCCACGGAGGCGCUGCCAGGAGAGGAAGCCCUGGCCCUGCAGGAAGCCGAAAGCGGGGUCUUGAGGCUGUGUCGCAGGGAUCCCUACUGGCGGGAGCUUAGCGCGACGUGGUUGGCCGUCAACUCUCUGGCCUUCGUGAUGCUGUGCGAGCCCCACGAGAACCCCUUGCUUGCGGAGGGGACGCUCCGGAGCCUGGUCCGACACUGCCUGGAGCAUCUUCACAUGUUGGGUCAGGGCAGCGAGGUGCUGCUGAAGAGCAGCCGAGUUGACAUCCUGCUGAGUCGCCUUCUUCCUCACGGCCAGCUCCUCUUUCUCAACCACCGCUUCGCUCAAAGUCUGGAGAAAGAUCUGGCCACGCUCAAGUGA